UUGUUGCCAGCUCAACUAAUCGUCUUAAUUGAGCUGGCCAUUCUCAAAAUGUUUCCGAUGAAAAGCUCUCCAAAUUAACGACCAUUUCGUCUUUUUCAUCUUCAAAAUUCGAAAAAAAGGUGAAAACCUUUGUCGUGAUUUUGAUUCGUGAUUGCAUAAACCAUAGAGAGUCAGAGACCCUUCUCCGUAGGCAUUACUUCUUUUGCACAUUUGUGUCGGGAUUUCUUACUCAAAUGUCAAGCAGCCCCGGGAGUGAAAGUGACAAUUCCAUUGAAUUUGAGGAACUCCUAGAGUUUGGGACAAGAUGCAGAGAGCUAAGAAAGGAAAAAGACAUGUUGAAAGAAUCACAAACUGAAAGUUUUGAAUUAAUCAAGAAAUUAGAACUACAUGUGAAAUCAUUAUCAGAAGGCCGUAUAAAGGACAAGAAACGCAUUCAAGUGUUGGAAAAAGAGCUCAUGAACUGCUCUCAAGAAAUUGAUUACUUACAGGAUCAACUAAAUGAAAGGAACACGGAGGUGAACUGCCUGGAAGAGCAAGUUCACAGCCUCAGAUUGACGUUAGCAGGCAUGGAAAAUUUAGAGGACAACCUGGGCUGGUUAAGGGAGGAGUUGCAUAGGUCCAGUUCUGAAUGCCUGUACUUGAUGCAGGAAUUAGUUAGCAAAGAAUUGGAGUUACAAAAGUCAAAUUUGUGUAUAGAGAAACUGGAGGAAUCAAUUUCAUACAUAGCAUUAGAGUCUCAAUGUGAAAUUGAGAGCAUGAAGCUUGAUAUAAUGGGGUUGGAACAAAGUGGUUUGCAUACUGACAAAAUCCACGAUGAAACUGUUCAAGUAAAGGCCAGGGGGAAGUUGUUUCAAGAAGCUGAACUUCAAUCUCAGAAUACUCUGAAACUUAUCAAAUGUUUGGAGAUUGAAAAUAAGGAACUUAAAGAGAAGCUUGAGAAAUCAGAAACAAAUUUUAGGAUAUUUUGCCGAGGACUUGAUAAGUGGCUGGAAAUGGACAUUUCUCAAUUCAACUUGGACUCUUCAUUAAGUGAACUAGGGAGCAAGCUCACCAUGUCUAAAGAAGUUAGGGAUGUUUUCUUGCCAGUCGUUUCAAAACUGGCUACUGCACUGGCAAAAGAUGGAGAUGUCAUGAAGAAGAAGGAAAAGAUGUCACAAGAAAUACAAGAGUAUGAACUUCUUGUGGAGCAACUGAAGGAAGAGUUGAGACAAGAAAAGUUGAAGGCAAGGGAAGAAGCAGAGGAUUUAGCUCAAGAAGUGGCUGAGGUCAGGUACCAAUUUACAAGUUUGCUAGAAGAAGAGUGUAAACGCCGUGCUUGCAUUGAACAAGUAUCUUUGCAGAGAAUUGCUGAAUUAGAGGCACAGGUCUCCAAAACAAACAGAGAAAAACCAGUGAUGCUGUUAGGCAGCUACAUGGAGCAUAGAGUUGGUGGUAACAAUAUCCAGAUAGUUUCUCUCGAGGAUAAAUGUUAUGCAGAUUUGAACCUAACAACUCCUUCAACCCAACAUGUCCUUAAGCCUUAAUCCCUUUGAGUUAAAAUUUAAGUUUAUCUAGUAUUCUGAUGACCUGGAUGGUCAUGCCAUUAAUGGAUGUUGGUUUUGACAAGUGGCUGAAAAGUUGUGACAUUAGUUUGGACAGUCAAGAGACAAACCUGAAAUAAUAUGGAAAAUGAAGGACUUUACGUACUGUAGAAGAGAAGAGGAAACAAAUAUACGCAGUUGCAUCUAUUUUGAUGGGCUACAUGCAUCUUUUAUCAACUCCAGUGAAAAAUGCUUAAAUUUUUAAUCAUCCAUGAACAGAGAAUGGAGUACAUAGCAUCAAAUUUAGAAUGAAAAUGGUGAAAAAACUGGUUUACUUUCACACCAAUGAACAUAUAAAGAAUCACAAGUCUCCAAAUAAUAGCUUCAUCGAAAGCAAGCUUCAUCAUAAAUUGGAUGAUUAAUGGGGAGUGACGGUGUUGACUGCAUGUGGUUGCAAUAAAAUUUUUGACAUGACCUUAUUUGCCCUGUCAAGAGCCUUACAACAAACUCGACAAAACAUACUCAUCAUAGGAUAAUUGACUAGGAAUCAUUUUUAUAUUACUUUUAUGCCAUUAUUUCAAUUAUUUUCCCUGUUAUUUUAUUCGAUGCCCGACAUUUGGGUCAUAAUGCAUAAAUUAAUCUGCUGAACAUGGUAAU